GCCUUCUUAUCAUAUUGCUAACAGCCCUAACUGGUGAAAGGGAGUCACUUUCAGAGAGGGUUGGGCGGCGGCUCCUCCCCAGUUAGCUACUGUACUGCAAGUGCCCGAUAAUGACUAUGACAUAAAUGUGCCUAGGCCCCUGCCUGGGAGGGAGAGGCUGUUUACUACUGCCCCUUGUUUUGCACACUGAUCUUUGGGGGUUGCAAACACUGGCACCUGUCCUCAGGGUCAACACCAGGGUCAGUAGCAGAGUGGCCAGGGCUUUGAUGAAACUCUGAGACCUGAAGGAGUGUGGCCCACUGCAAACUGGAAAUGGCCCAGCUCACUCCCCUGGGCCUCCCAGGUAGGGCUGUGGCCAAUUGUAGAUUGCUCUUUUGCUGGGGAAGAAGGGGCCUGGAUGGCAGCUGGGUACCAGCCACUGGGCUGGUGCCAGGACCUGGUCUUUGGGUGGGGCAAAGCUCUACCUUUGUGGGAGUGGGGUGGCUUUUCUUGCUUCUGGCUGAUGGGACUAAGAAGACUGGGAAAGGGGACGUGCCUGAGAGAGGGCAGGGGAGGUGGCAAAGGAGCUGCCAAGGCCCAAUGCAUCAGGGGAGCUGGAGCAAGCUGGAGCCAGGGACCGGCAGCCUUGUGCGUUUGAGAUAGUAAUUUGCAGAUGGUUCCUGGUUAGCUGCAGGGUCUCUUAGGCGGAGCCCGGGUCUUCGCGUAGCAUCCUCCAGCCUGGGUUCCCCGGCGGGUCAGAGCAGCUUUGGGGCGGGGCCAAGGUUGGCCCCUGCUCGGAAGGUGCCGGGAUGCCUCUCCCGCGGUGAUGCAUAGGGGAAUUUGCUGACAGUCCCUUGCCACGCGGGGCUGGCUUAGCCCGGCCGGCGAGGAGGAGGACCCGCUGGCAGUCUCCUCCCAGGUGGGGAGCGUGGAGCCUGUCACCACAGCCUGGCGGCCUGAGCGCCGAGCCUGGGGCUGGGGCCGAGUGCUGAGGACGCAGAUGUGAGUCUUGGAGGAGCCUCCCUCGGGGUCAGGAAUCGAGUGGGGACACUCAGAAGCACCUUUUCCUGGGGACUGAUCAAGAGGAGGGAAGGUCCUGUAACAGCCCAGAGGCCACGUAGGGCCCAAGCCCUGAACCUCAGCUGCUGCUCCAGCAACCCCGUAGCUGAGCGGAGCCUCCAGGCCUGACGUGGACCUUCACUGGAGAAGCGACUCAGGGAGCCUCCCAGGAUGUCUGCCUCACCACUCAACCUGAGUGGAGAGGUAAAGUUAAAGAACAUGACGGUGGAUGAAUGCUUCCAGUCUCGGAGCACCGUUCUCCAAGGGCAGCCCUUCGGGGGCGUCCCCACUGUGCUGUGCCUGAACCUCGCCUUGUGGCUGCUCGUCCUCCUGAUUUACUCCUUCCUCCGGAAAGCUGCAUGGGACUACGGGCGCCUGGCUCUGCUGAUACACAAUGACAGCCUGACCUCGCUGAUUUAUGGGGAGCAGAGCGAGAAGACAUCUCCCUCAGAGACUUCCUUGGAGAUGGAACGCAGAGACAAGGGCUUCUGUUCCUGGUUCUUCAACAGCAUAACCAUGAAGGAUGAGGAUCUGAUUAACAAGUGUGGGGACGACGCGCGCAUCUACCUCGCGUUCCAGUACCACCUCAUCAUCUUUGUGCUCAUCAUCUGCAUCCCCUCCCUGGGCAUCAUCUUGCCCAUCAACUAUACUGGAUCUGUUCUGGACUGGAGCAGUCACUUUGCUCGGACCACCAUUGUCAAUGUCUCCACAGAGAGCAAGCUCCUGUGGCUGCACAGCCUGCUGUCCUUCUUCUACUUCAUCACCAACUUCAUGUUCAUGACUCAUCACUGCCUGGGGUUUUCGCCCAGGAAUAGCCAAAAGGUCACAAGGACACUAAUGAUCACCUAUGUGCCCACGGACGUUGAAGACCCAGAAAUCAUCAUUAAGCAUUUUCACGAGGCCUAUCCAGGCAGUGUCGUGACCAGAGUCCACUUCUGCUAUGACGUCAGGAACCUGAUUGACUUGGACGAUCAGAGGCGCCAUGCCAUGCGGGGCCGGCUUUUCUAUACAGCCAAGGCCAAGAAGACUGGGAAGGUGAUGAUCAGGAUCCACCCCUGCGCCCACCUGUGCUUCUGCAGGUGCUGGACCUGCUUCAAGGAGGUAGAUGCCGAGCAGUAUUACAGUGAGCUGGAGGAACAGCUGACGGACGAGUUCAACGCUGAGCUCAACCGUGUGCCACUCAAGCGCCUGGACCUGAUCUUCGUCACCUUCCAGGACUCCAGGAUGGCCAAGCGCGUCCGCGAGGAUUACAAGUACAUCCAGUGUGGUGUACAACCCCAGCAGUCCUCAGUGACCACCAUCGUCAAAUCCUAUUACUGGAGGGUUACUCUGGCCCCACACCCCAAAGACAUUAUUUGGAAACACCUGUCUGUCCGCCGCUUCUUUUGGUGGGCCCGAUUUAUCGCAAUCAACACCUUCCUCUUCUUCCUCUUCUUCUUCCUCACCACACCUGCCAUCAUCAUAAACACGAUCGAUAUGUACAACGUUACCCGCCCCAUCGAGAACCUGCAGAGCCCAAUCGUGACCCAGUUCUUCCCCUCCGUGUUGCUCUGGGCCUUCACAGUGAUACUGCCUCUGAUUGUCUACUUCUCCGCCUUCCUCGAGGCCCACUGGACCAGAUCAAAUCAGAACCUGGUCAUGGUACACAAGUGCUACAUCUUUCUGGUUUUCAUGGUGGUCAUUCUGCCCUCCAUGGGACUGACCAGUUUGGAUGUCUUUCUCCGCUGGCUCUUUGACAUCUACUAUCUAGAGCAGGCCUCCAUCAGGUUCCAGUGUGUGUUCCUGCCGGACAAUGGCGCCUUCUUUGUCAACUACGUGAUUACGGCAGCUUUACUUGGCACAGGCAUGGACCUGCUGCGUCUGGGGUCACUCUUCUGGUACAGCACCCGCCUCUUCUUCUCUAGAUCAGAGCCAGAGAGGGUCAACAUCAGAAAGAACCAGGCCAUCGACUUCCAGUUUGGGCGUGAGUACGCAUGGAUGAUGAACGUGUUCAGCGUGGUGAUGGCGUACAGCAUCACCUGCCCUAUCAUCGUGCCUUUUGGGCUGCUCUACCUGUGCAUGAAGCACCUGACGGAUCGCUAUAACAUGUACUACUCCUUCGCACCCACCAAGCUGAACGAGCAGAUCCACAUGGCCGCCGUCUCCCAGGCCGUGUUCGCGCCACUCUUGGGUCUGUUCUGGAUGCUGUUCUUCUCCAUCCUGCGGCUGGGCUCUCUCCAUGCCAUCACCAUCUUUUCCGUGUCCACCCUCCUUGUUUCCAUGUUAAUUGCCUUUGUUGGCAUUUUUCUGGGGAGGCUUCGGAUGGUCACCGACUAUGAGCCCGAGGAGGAGGAGAUCCAGACGGUGUUUGACAUGGAGCCAAGCAGCACCUCCUCCACGCCCACUUCCCUCCAGCUCUAUGUGGCCACUGUGCUGCAAGAACCCGAGCUGAACCUGACCCCAGCCUCCUCCCCAGCCAGGCACACCUAUGGCACCAUCAAUAACCAGCCGGAAGAGGGAGAAGAAGAGAGUGGUCUGAGGGGCUUUGCGGGGGAGCUAGACUCAGCCCAGUUCCAGGAAGGGCUGGAACUGGAGGGCCAGAACCAGUACCACUGACUGGGACCUGAGGCCUCCGCUGGCGACGUGUUGAGGGGCCAGGGGAGGGCCUGGCGGGGGGAGGCAGGAGGGUGGCCUGGACGUCCCCACUACCUCCUACAGACUUUGAGAAGCCCCCAGUGGAGACAUCUGUCACCCCAGCCAUGGGCCGCAUGGGGGGGGCCCAACCUGCUGCCCAGAUGGAACUGGGGGGGCUCAGCAGUGCUGAGGGAGCCUGGGAAGGGAUGGAGGAUACAGGCAAGCCCAUGUCUUGAGAGAGGUGGCUGGAGCCCCAGCAGAAACCAAAUGCUGGGGUCCCAUUUUGGGGCCAAGAUGGAGACGACGUGCCUAAGGGAGGAGGCAGAAAGAGGCCCCGAAGGCCCUCUGGGGUCAUCACCACUCUGCAUCAGCUGCCCUUCCAAGGAGCUCCUGCUGCUGCUGCUCCCCCCAGUCCUGGCCCAUUCCUCCCCUGCAGUCUGAGGAGACAAAGGUACAUGCAUGGGGCAUAUUAAUAGGCCACGGAAGACCACCUCCUCACGGGGCUCCCUGCACAGACAGCUGUAAAGAGAAAGUUUCUGCACCCUCCCGAGCAAGAGGCAAUGGAAAACAUAGACCUGAGAAGAGGUAACUCCGCCCUUUCCUGCUCCUCUGCCCUCCUCGACGUCCCCAGGAGCAGCAGGGCAGAGGCGCUUCUCCUUUCUGUUCGUGCAAGGGUAGCUAGAGCGGGAUCACCCGGAGCUCAUCAAAGGAGACCUGUGUGCACUUUUCAGAAGGAAACCUUGGCUAGUCCUUGCUGGGUAGCACAGGGUGGGGUGAGACAGAGACUGAGUUCAUGGAAGGGGGUCUUCUCCCCUAAACUCUGGGUGGUGGGAAACCAGCUAUACCUCCCCAAGCCCCAGGGCCUAAAGAGAAGACCCUCAAAGCCAAAGAUGUGGCCACUAAGAGUCUCCUGCCUCCUACUCAACCGAGUGCCUGGGCCCCCAGCUUGGCUGAGAUGGGCAGUACUUUAGGGUUAGAAGUCCAUGCUUCAAACUGAGGGGCUGACCAUCACUUGCGUCCCAAGUAGGACCUUUCCUCCUUUCUCUGGGCUGCCCCUGCACCCUGCCCUGAAGACCACCCAAGCAGCCUCCAGUGUGGCACUGGUUCAGACACUGCAGAUGCUUCAAUCGUGCUGUCACCCCAGGACUACUGGGAGUCGGGUGGAGGGAGGGCCACGUGCUCCAGGAGACACCCUUUCUGGAGAAGCAAGGCUGUCCUCCCAGGGCUGCCAGCACCUGAGACCUGGGGGAGCUGAAUUCCGAACAGUGCUGGUGACACUCAGAACUUUGCCAUUGCCGGGGAGAACCGGCCUCUGCCUCUGGGAUGGGCUGUCAUCAGGACCACCACGCAGCCCAGUCAGGGAGGACAUGAGAAGGGCCAGUGAGGGCCUCAGUGAACCAGAACAAGCCAAGCUGAAUGGGGUCUGUGUGCUCCAGGUCCCUCUUCAGCCUCCUCCUCCAAAGGUCUGGGUCCCUGCCACCAACCUGCUGAAGGUUGGCCCCAGGCUCACCUCACCUGAGCGCCUCCACCAGGCCCAGGCACAUGGCUGCCCUGAACUCAGACCACCUAGGCCCUGUUCCUACCCCACCUUUGCCCCACCCUAGCCCCAGAAGCUCGAAGCUUCACCACAGGUGAGAAACCAUGCUCAGUGGGCAGAAACUGCCAUACCCCCAGGACACGGCCCACAUUUCGGCGUGGGGGAAUCUCUCCUAGAGCCUGGGUCUGCUGGGGAGAGGCUGUCUUGUCCAUUCCUUGUCCAGCUAGGAAUAAGGGGGAAAUGCUACCUAGCCUGGCCCCUACACACCCAGGCCCCACAAGACCCCUUCCCCCUGGAAUUUCACCAACAAACAAGGAGAAAGGAUGCUCCCAGCAGAGCGGUCAGGCCCAGCAGGAGCUUGACACGUGGUGGGGAGGUGGCAGUCCUGCCAGAAGCUGGUCUGGGGCCUCUGCUUCACUAAGCACAGCUUCCUGGCACCUGCCCCCAGUCCCUGCAGCCCCUGCCAGACUGUGGAAGCCACAUAUGGAAAAGGUCCUAGCAGACACGAUGGCAGGAUGGCCGGGGCUUCUCCGUCUGAACAUGGGUCCCGUGCACCCUGGCUCUGAGAGAAGGUGGUGAGAAUUUGGGGAGGGUUCCAGAGUCUACUCUUAGGGGAACCAGCAAAGCCCCGCAGCAGCUGGCUCCAUCUGGACUUCCCACAGUCGCUGCAGGGUGAUGGGGGGGACAUCUUUUAGCCUCCCCCCGACCAUGUGCAGGCCCUCUCAGGCACCUCCUGCCUAUCCCACACCCGCCUCACCCAUUGCCCCCCCACCUACGGCCAUCCCAUUCCUCCACCAGCCACUUCCCAGCUGCCCCACCCCAUUCCAUCCACCAAAUCAUGCCCCAGACUUAAUCUUCUAGAAGGAGCUGCCGCCCAGGAACCGGUACUGCCUAGAGCCUCCAGGAGGGGCCCCAGUGGCCCCGCGCCCGCCUGCCUGACCCUCCGCUGCCCCUGGAAGCAAAGUGCCUGUCAGCAGCGUUGCGUCCUCUGGGGCCCCCGGUGGGGAGUGUGGGCUAACCUUGGCCACCAUCACUAAAGGAAUGUGCCAGAAUGCUGAACCUUCUUGUUAAUGCUAUGACCGUGCCUUGAAUAAACGAGUCCUCCCAAUCUCUA